GCGCGGUCACGUGACGGGGAGGCGGCGGCCGGUGGGGGCUGGAUGGAGGCGGCUUCGGAGUCCGAGAGGUCGGGGCCCGGCGGGACGGGGCCGGCGGUCGGGUCCUUCCAGCCCAGCGAGCACCAGCACGUCCGCUAUAACCCCCUGCGGGAUGACUGGGUGCUGGUGUCCGCCCACCGGAUGAGGCGUCCCUGGCAGGGACAGGUGGAGAAACCCCCGCAAGAGGACGUCCCUCGCUGUGACCUGUCCAACCCGCUGUGCCCUGGAGCAGUGCGAGCCAAUGGAGAGGUGAAUCCGCAGUACACAAACACCUUUGUCUUUGACAAUGACUUCCCAGCACUGCAGCCGGACGCCCCGGAACCUGAUGCUUGCAACCACCCCUUGUUCCGAGCUGCAUCUGCCCGAGGAGUUUGCAAGGUCAUGUGCUUCCAUCCUUGGUCUGACCUGACACUGCCCCUCAUGUCGCUGGCAGAGAUCCGGGCAGUGAUUGACAAGUGGGCGGAGCUCGCGGUGGAGCUGGGUGCUUCUUAUCCCUGGGUGCAGAUAUUUGAGAACAAAGGGGCCAUGAUGGGAUGCUCCAACCCUCACCCUCACUGCCAGGUCUGGGCCAGUAACUUCCUCCCCAACGAAGCCCAGCUGGAGGACCGGACGCAGCGGCAGCACCUCCAGGAGCGCGGCGUGCCCUUGCUGCUGGAGUACGCCCAGCUGGAGGCCCAGAGGAAGGAGCGGCUGGUGGUGGAGAAUGCGGACUGGCUGGUGGUGGUCCCCUAUUGGGCUGUGUGGCCGUUCCAGACCCUGCUCCUGCCCCGCCGUCAGGUCUGCCGCCUCCAGGAGCUCAGCGACAGCGAGAGAGACAGUCUGGCCUCCAUCAUGAAAAGGCUCCUCACCAAGUACGACAACCUCUUUGAGGUUUCCUUCCCCUACUCCAUGGGCUGGCAUGGUGCCCCCACGGGGCCUCACUUGGGAGCAGACUGUGGGCACUGGCAGCUUCACGCCCACUACUACCCGCCCCUCCUCCGCUCGGCCGCUGUCCGCAAGUUCAUGGUGGGCUACGAGAUGCUGGCGCAGGCUCAGCGGGACCUGACGCCAGAGCAGGUCCAUGUGUCACAGCUGCAACGUGCGUGGAGAGAGCCCGGUGAAAGAUCGGCCUUGGUGCAUGCGGGAAUGCAAAGAGCCUGCCCGGCUGCUUAAUACACAGGCGUUGGAUGAGAUUUCAGAGUUGAAAUUGCAACCUUCCCAGCUCAAAAGGGAGAUGUGCGUUAAUGCACGGAGCCCAUCUUGUGCCCCCAGGCUUGGAACCCAGAGCUGGAUCCUUAUCGCCUGUGGGAGAAUCAGGCCUCGUCUAAUGCCUCUGCCUGGAGAUUUAGCCAGCAGCCGAUUUCUCUCGGGAGGCGACACCCUCCCUGGUCUGGCGUUGUGGGAAUGGUGGGUGCUGCCUGUCUUGCAGAACCAGACUCCUUCUCUGCCUCCAGCUCCUCUUCCCCAGGCCUGAGCUCUCCCAGCUCUGCCCUUGGUUGGGUGGAAGAUGCUGCAAGAUGCUCCCUGGAAGGGGCUAGUGCUGAGCGCUGGCUUCAGGUCAUUCUGGAAAUCUCCUUUGCCAUGCGAGUCCGUCCGUGUUCCUGAGCCGCUCCGGCAGUGAAACCCCCCUGCCCUGUGGCUCUGAGUUCUGGGGAAUCUUCUGAGUCUCUUUAAAACUGGUGACUAACUGCAGCGCUCCUCAAAGGGGGGCGGGGGCAGCUCAGGGAGCCAGAUAGUCUGAGCAAGGCCUGGGCCAGCUACCCUAGGCACCUCUGCCAACACCUCUCAAUUCUGCCCCGCAGUCCCCUUGUUAUCCCAGCCCCGGGCUCCCCCACCCAGCUCUGCCAAUGCCCUGUGAUCCUAACCCCCAGAUCUCAGCUCUGCUGAUGCCCCUUGCUCUGACCCAUAACUCUCCGCUAGUCCAGCCCUAGGCUUCCCCCCUCCAGCUGAGCCGAUGCCCUUUGGCAGCCUUUGCCAGUCCAGUUCUGGGCUUCCCCUCCCUGAUGCUGACUCACAGCCACCCCCUGUGCUGGUCGUGGGUGGCUCUAGCCGUGGUGGGGGCAGCAAUACCAAGGGCUGUGAUCGGUGCUGUACAAGGAACCUCCUCUGCCCUGUGGGCGGGGGGCAGGGUUUGGAGAUUGGUGAUCCUUGGGGCUGCCAGUCCUGCUGUUCUCCUGCGCCCUGAGGAUGAGAAACAAAGCACAUGGGUUGGCCCAGGCCCAGGGCACCUCCCCACAGGCUGGUUCCUCUCCCUGGCACAUGGGAAGGGCCCAUCAGCCACUGCGCCUGCUGUCGCUGCCCAUGUUCAUCAGCGGCUCGUUCGUAUUCAUUGCUCCGGGGCCGGUGUAAUGCUCAGCGCCUGCCUUGCGGGGCACCCCCGGGGUCACCUGGCACCCUGUAGGUCUGACCCAUGGCCAGAACUCCCUCUGCUCUGGGGCCGGGAAAG